AUGAAUGUCCCUCUCCCCACCAUCUGCAAGCGGGUCAAGGAGGAGAACGAGAUCGUGGCGGGCGCCGCAGGCGAAGUGAAGCAGACGCUACUCGCGAAAAAGCAGCCAAAGCGGUGGUUUCCUACCGCCGAGAAGGAGCUCUACAACCGUUUCUUGGCUCGCCGCAGGAAGAAGCUGAAGGUGUCAACCCUUUGGCUCACCGUCACGUUCCGGAAGCCCUACCGACAGCCGGGCGGCAUUGUUUCGACCUUCCUUCCGGUGGAUGCAAAAAUGGGCCAAGAGACACAAGUGGUUCAAGUCCAUCGAGGAACGCUUGCCGCGAAUCCGGCGGUUCCACAGGAGGUUUCGCCAGCUGAGCCGGUGCAGCGGAGGAAGGUGGUCUUCCCUGAGAGUUCAUCACUGUCUACGGGUGGGGCGGAGGAGCCCAGGCUAGAAAAGAACGGGCAGUUCCAGCUGUCGGAGCGUUUCGACGUGGAUCAGGUGCCUUUGCCGUUCGUGAACGGGCCGGGAAUCACGUGGGCACAGCAAGGCGUGAAGCGAGUAGCCGUCAGCCAGCCCUUUGCCGGACUGGAGCAAAGGCAGUGCACCAUGCAAGUCAUCUUUGGUCCCGGUAAGAGGGUUAUGCGGAUUGCCCUCAUUUCCAGAGGCACGGGGAAGCGGACCUCGAAGGUGGAGAAGGCCGCGCACCACAGGAAUGUGGAUGUCUUCUUCCAACAAAACGCGUGGGCUGACCAGGACUUCUGCAUGGAGUGGGCCAAGAAGUCCUUUCGCCCGAGCUUGAUGCGCGGGAGGAGCCAGCUCCCCAUGGAGAGGACCCUCCUUCUCAUGGACAACUUGCACGCGCAGACGACGGACAAGCUCAAGGACUAUCUGUCCAAGCAAUGCAACACCCUUCCCUGGUUUUUUCCGACCGAGACCACGGACGGGCUGCAGACCGAAAGCAACUCGUUGACGGCGUCUGACCGGCGCGUGCUGAUCACGCAGUGGGUUGGGGCAGCCAUGGAAGAACUCGACAGCCGCGAGGAAUACCUGUUCCGCCUUUUCGAAAAGUGUGGCCUGGCGAUGACUGUCGGCGGUUCAGGCGAUGACCGAAUCACCUUGGAGGGUCUGGACAAGCCGUACACCUUCGCGGGCGAUGGGGACUCCAGCGACGACGAGGGAUCUUCCGAGACUAGCAACGAUGAGUGCGGGGGUGGGGAUGACCAGACGGUUGAGGGCGAGAAGGACCACGGCGGCGAGGGAGUGGAGGACGGCGAUUCUAGCGACGAAGACACUCGUGAGACGGCCAGUGGCCAGAUGGACGAGCUGAGUCUUGUGGCCGACGACGACAGGAUGGAAUCGGACGACGAGAUUCACGCCAUGGAGAUUCCGGAUGGGUUUCGCGUUCAAGCAUCUACACCGGCAGCUCUUGACAGUUCGUUACUGCAGCUUGGAGUACUCGGUAGGCUGGGCAUGGGGUGGUUCGGGGGGGCGAUCACUCGACAGUCUCUCUCCCCUCCCUCGGCCUGCUCCCCGGCCGGGGCCGAAAUCGACCUAGUGAGUUCCUCGCGGGCGAAUCAGACCACAAAAGAUAGUAGGCGGGUGGUGUCCCAAGGCAAGAACCGAGCUCUGCAGAGAUGGAUUGAUGCGAGGAAAAAUGCCGCUCGGAAAAUACGGAAGAAAGGACACCCGCAACGCGAGGUGGACCUAGAGAGGCACGAGACCGCAGCGGCCAUCAAGGUAGCUGCGAAGAAGAAGGCACGAGAGGGCGACCUAUCGUUCGGCACGUUCAACGUACGCACGCUCGCCUACAGCGAUCGGUUUGUGUACCUCGGACGUACCAUCUCCGCGGACGGGAAGGCCGACCGGGAGAUCACGAGCCGCAGCUGCCGAGCGUGGAAGUGCUACCGCCGGAACGGUGCUUCGAUGUACGACAGGCGACGGGCCAACCGCCAGGUCAAGAUCCGGCAACUCCAGGCUGAAGUGGUGGAGACUCUCCUGUAUGGGUGCGCCUCGUGGAGCUUACCAGCGGAGCACUACACGAAGCUCAAUGAGACCCACCGCCAGUUACUUACACGGUGCAUCGGCUGGAGCAAGCGGAAACGCUCAGACCGCCCCCUGUUCUAUGCCCAGGCCCUCAUCCAGGCAGGCUGCGAGGAAACCAUCGAGGCCACCGUACGCAAACGGAGACUAGGUUUCGCGGGCUUUGUUCUGCGCAUGGAGGACAACCGCCUCCCCAAGCGCAUGCUGUUGGGAGCGAUGGCGGGGGGCGUGGGAUACCGGGGCGGGCAGGAGAGCGGCUGGGUGUCUCGUCUAGGAGAGGACCUCGUGGCCUUCAACAUGGGAGACGNCAGCGCCAGCGCGCGAGAAGCAGAAGCAGAGAGUACGGCCUAA